AUGAAAACGGGAAUAGAUUUACUGUUGAAAUGUAGGACACAAGUAGAAGUUUUACCAGAAAACUUAUACCUGUUUGCCAUCCCGAACAGUGUAAAUGCCCUGAGAGGUUCCGAUUGUAUUCGAAGAUUCAGUAUAGAAAGUGAAACAAAAAGGCCUGAUAUCAUAACUUCAACCAAGCUAAUAAAGCAUGUGGCUACUUUCAGCCAAAUGUUGUCUCUUAGAGAUAAUGAAUUAGACAUUCUCGCAAAAUUUAUGGGACAUGACAUUCGGGUUCACCGAGAGUAUUAUAGACUGCCAGAAAAUACACUUCAGGUUGCCAAGAUAAGUAAGAUACUACUUGCCAUGGAAACUGGAAAUAUCACAAAGAUGGCUGGAAUGAACCUUGAUGACAUUUCUGUUGAUGUUACUACUACAAGGGUUAAUUUGAAUGGGAGUAAGAAAGGUACAUGUAAGCAAGUCAGAAGAUAUUGGACAGCCGAUGAAAAGAGAGCUGUUUCUGAAGAGUUGGGUAACAACAUUCGACAAAUGAAAGUUCCCGGUAAACUGGAUUGUGACAGAUGUUUAAGAAAGCGAACGGAACUGUCAAGACGAUCAUGGAGAGACAUCAAAAAUUAUGUUCAUAAUGUGAUCCAGUCUAAAAAAAGACAAUGA